UCGGUUAGGGAAAUUGAUGUAGAAUUUAUGGUAAUUGGUGGUACUAUAGUGCUUGACUUUUCCAAUGUAAACAACGAUCAUUCAAAUUUUCAAACUCGUGGACCUUUUUGGGAUCACAGAUUUGGACUUUUCUUGAUUAUAUUAAAGUUUUUUUUGUCCCUAUAUUCAAUGACCAAUCUAGAAUUCAUCUGUUUUUGAACUAACCCAACACUAAAAAAUAGAUUCAAAACAUCUCUCAUCUUUCUCUCAUAUGGUUCUUGAGAAUACUUUGAAGAAAGAUGUCAAUGAUGAGCAAAAACAGAAGCAGCAUCGCCAUGGGAACACCAUCGUUCCUUGAGUUGAAGAAACAAGCUUCUUUUUUCUUCAAAGAGAAGCUUAAAACGGCGCGUUUAGCUCUCACCGAUGUUACUCCUCUUCAACUAAUGACUGAGGAAGCUACGGAUGGGGAGUCAUGUGGACCAAAUACACAAACCUUAGGAUCCAUUUCAAAGGCUGCUUUCGAGUUUGAAGAUUACUUGGCCAUUGUCGAAGUCUUGCACAAAAGAUUGGCAAGGUUUGAUAAGAGAAACUGGCGGAUGGCUUAUAACUCACUCAUAGUUAUUGAACAUUUGCUCACUCAUGGACCAGAGAGUGUUUCCGAUGAGUUUCAAGGCGAUAGAGAUGUUAUCUUCCAAAUGCAGACUUUCCAACAGAUCGACGAGAAAGGGUUUAAUUGGGGAUUAGCUGUUAGAAAGAAAGCAGAGAAGGUUUUGAAGCUACUUGAGAAAGGGGAAUUGCUUAAGGAAGAGAGGAAGCGAGCUCGUGAGCUGUCUCGAGGGAUUCAAGGUUUUGGUAGCUUUAACCACAAGUCUUCAUCUCAUUCUUUGUCAGAGGAUGAAGUCGUACAAGAGUCUACAGUCUAUAGGAAAUGCAAUUCCAACUUUACCAAGAAGCACAAUGAGGAUGACCAAGAGAACACUAUGGUUUCCCCUAAUGACGCCGACAACUUUCCUCAGCCACUGGUAACUGACCCGAGUGAGGAAUCUAGGACGAGUAUGAAAGAAAAUAUGGAUCCUGAAGAUGAUGAGAACACAGAGGUAAACCCACUUUUGGGUUCUCUUAAAAAGGAGGGUCAAGAACUAGCCGGAGAAGACGAGAACCAUCCAUUUACGGAUGGCGAGAGUAAGCAUACAGUAGUCUCAUUGCUUGAUGAGAAUACAGUCUGAAAUUUUUAAAAUGAAAUCGCGGUCUGUAAAAGAGAAAAAACUCAAGAAGAAGAUAAUGUGUGUAUACGAAUAUGUAUACAUAUAUAUAAUAAUAACACUUCUGUUAAUGACUAAUCUGUUUUCAACUUGCUUUGUUGCAAAAUAGAGAUUAAAAUGAACAAUGAAGGAAGAAUAAAAGAACACACAUAGAGAAGAUUUAAGUAACUA